GCUACUCCGAAACGUCCGUCCAGCGAAGGCCGGUUAACUUGACCAGAGUAAUUCGCGUGUGACACCGCAAUGGACACGCGCGACAACAAUUAUUCGCCAAUUAAGCGGAGUGCGUUGAUUCGUUCACGCUGACCGAGCCGCAAAAACGUUCGCAUCGCUGACGGGGAAAGAAGCAAGAAGUAAGAAGUUAUAUAAAGAGGCACGAUAUAUGUUAAAUAUGUGAAACAAUACCGAGUGAGUAGUCGUGAUAAUAAACUCAAUUUCUCAGGUGGGGGUGUUGGGAAUAACCUCGAGGAAGCACAGGUAAGGCAAGGCGGUAGGAGCAGCGGCAGUAAAUAGCGAGCAGUGAGUGACCAUCGUACACUAAUCAGUGUUCAGUGUUCAAUCUGGCGAAAAGCCACCGAGUAGGGAGGUGGAUUACGUAUCGCACGAUUACCAAUCAAUGAGCAACGUCCGAUUAAACGGCGCUCAUGUGACCAUGUAAUUUGAAGGAGGCUUCGAGUAGACGGCGUGAGCGUGUCCAUGUGUACGGUGCUCUCGGGAAAUAAGUUAAUCGACGUUAAUUCGCGAAGGAAAUGGCAGAAAACAGCAGCAAGGAUGCCAAGCAACGGGCUCCUGACGGCGGCUGGGGUUGGUUCGUUUGUCUCGGAAGCAGCUUGAUUUCGAUUUCACUACGUUCCUUGGACCCGUCCUUCGGAUUGUUGUUCCACGACAUGCUGAAAGAUCUCAAUGUUGAUUCCACGGGAACCUCGAUUAUAAUGAGCAUUCUGGACGCCAUCGUCAACUUUUCAGGUUUUAUAAUCGGACCGUUAUUAAAAAAAUAUUCCUACCGGCAAGUCGCACUCCUCGGAUCUUUCCUCAGUUGUAGUGGUUUGAUACUCACGUCGAGGGCCAAUAGUAUGCUGCACAUUAUUUGCACUUACAGUAUCUUAGUAGGCCUAGGCACUGGUCUCGCGACUACUUCGUCCUUUGUCGCGUUGAACACGUUCUUCAACAAAAAACGCGGACAAGCCGUCGGUUUCUCCAUGGCCGGGACCGCGUUUGGAAUGAUGCUCGUGCCGCAGAUGAUACACUUGUUACUGAACGAAUAUGGAUUUCGCGGCACGACGCUCAUUAUCGGAGGUUGGGCCUCGCAUUCAAUAGCGGGGUCCUGCUUAUUGCGUCCGCUCGAAGAUCGACUGCCGGAACAGACACAUGGAGUAAUCGAUAAAAAAUCCGACGAAGAGCGAGAGGACGAAGCUCUGCUAAGGAAAGGCGCCGUAGGAAGAAGAGAGUCGAAUGGAGCAUUGUGGACCAACGAACAGAACAUGACCGUCGAAUCGAGUCCUCCGAGAAUAUCGCUCGUGAAAAAGCUGAAAGAGUCGUUAGACUUGGAUCUAUUCAAGGACUUCACAUACUUAAUCAUCAUCUUGGGUUGCAGUCUCUUCUACGUGGCCGAAACGAACUUCAAGCUUAUGGUUCCGUUCUUCCUCUCGAAUAUCGGAAUGAAGAAAAGGGACGUCGCCUUCUGUCUGUCCCUCACUGCAUUCGCCGACAUUAUCGCCCGACUGUUGCUGCCGACGCUCUUCGACAGGGUCGGUUGGAAUAAGCGCAUGAUCUUCUGGAUCUUCGGCACCACCGUCGGGAUAACACGUUCCGUGUUGGCGGAACAAACGGAAAGGAUGUUGUUGAUGGGCAUGUUCACAAUAUUGGGAUUCUUACGUGGCGCCACCUUGGUGAACCUCAACCUCAGCAUAUCGGAACACGUGACGCUGAAGAAGUUGCCGAACGCAUUCGGCAUGUUCAUGGUAUUCAAAGGCUUUCUCGUGGUCAUUAUGAGUCCCUUAAUCGGAUACAUCAGAGAUGUCAGUGGCAGUUACAGGAUAUGUAUUCACGUGAUGACCGCCGUGAUAAUGAUGGCAACACUCAUAUGGACCAUCGAACUCACAUACAACGCUUUUCGUAGUCGACGAUUAGGCAUAGUUAAGAGACUACAAAUGCACAUAUCGCCAUGACAUAUUUUAAAUAUGAUAGUAACUAUUAUAUGUAUGCGUGUGCACAUAUGUAUGUGUGUGUUUGUGUUCGCAUUUAUACUUGAUAAUCGUCCCGGACACACACCUUACAAAAUUUUACUGUAUUUUAUAAAUAUAAGUAAA